UCCCCAGUCCCACUAUCUUCUUUGUCUUGUCUUGCACUGAUGCCUCGUCUCGACAAUAUAGUUGACAGCCAUCCACCCAAAUCCCAAAGGAACCGAACCCUAGCUCGCACCUCGCAGCUUACCUCUCCAGCCAGAUCUCCAGCCUCCCCAGCGACGAAGCGCCCCGGCCCCCAUGCGGAUCCGCAGGAACGCCUCCCGCCUGCUCGGCUCCGCCGUCUGCGCGCCGCCCCGAUUCGAGCUGCCCGCGCCGUCCGGAUUCGAGCUGCCCCCCGCGCCGUCCGGAUUCGAGCUGCCGCCGCCAGCCGAAGAAUCCCACCUCGCUGGCUUCGUGUCCAAGAUCUCCUCCUCCUUGUCGGAGCCCUGCGUGGAAAACUUGUCGCCGUGGGACCUCAUGGGCCAGCUCGACCUGUCGGAUCCCCAGGCGGAGGAGUGCUUCCUGGAGGAUUACUCCGUGCCGGUCGUGCGGCGAGCUAGCAGUCUCUUCUCACCCACCAUGCCUGCCGCUGCCGGCUCCUUGGAGAAAGAGGAGCUGGACAUGGUCCUCGAACUGAACCUCGCCGAGAAGAAGAAAGCUGCAAGAAAGAAGAACCAGAGCAAGCCAGAGACGGAGAAGAGGGAGGGAAAGGGAGAAAGGUAUCGGUGGAGAGUGACGCCGGAGUUGGAGGAGUCUGGAAAUGGGAAGGCGGUGGUAGAGGAGAGCGACCCCAGGCCCGCCCGAGGAAGAGGAGCACAGUCGUGGACGUGCAACAAGAAGAACAGCAAGGGAUUGUCCUGCCGGCGGCCGGUGAGCCGGCCCGACUCCCUCUGCCGAUACCACUGUGAUCCGAAGCUCCCCGCACGCAGGAAGAGGACCACCGCCCUUGGUGCGGGCGAGGAGGGGUUCUACUACUACACGGGGUUCGGCCCGUCACGCAGCACCAAGAGGCAACGCAGCGUGCUACUGCUGCCUGCCCGAGACAAAGAGGAGGCGCAGCUGCCCGAAGAGCACACUGAUGCCACUCCGAGUGAUCCGGCCAAAGCAGACCAGCAUCAAGUGGCGGCACCUACGCGCGUGCGCGUCACGGACGACAAGAGCAUGGCCGCGAUCGCGGGCUGCGACGAGGACAUCAGCAGCAGCGAUGACGACUCCGCGCUCCGCGGCUGCAAUGGUGAGCCGGCCCCUGGCGCCAUGAUCAAGAAGAAGAGGAAGCCUCUCAAGGUCCGCUCGAUCAACUUCCUCAUGUGAUACGUGCCUGAUCGGUGCAUGUUUGCUCAGCUUAGCUUGGUACUUGCUUAUCUUGGCUCAAUCAGCUUAGUUUGCUCCAUUUUUUGUGGUGAUCGAGUUGACGUACCAUGUAUAAACUGUUGUAUUUUCGGUAUAGUGUAACUGCAUUGCUAGCUAGCUGGCGUACUGGCCUUAGAAAACUUGAGACUAAUUUCGUGAAUCCGUGAUAGUCAUAUGCAUUGCAGUCA